AACUGCCCUAAUUUAACACAACACAAACACAAUGGGUCAGGGCACUCCCGGCGGCCUCAAUCGCCAGCCCGGCGACCGCAAGAACGACGGCGACAAGAAGGACAAGAAAUUCGAGCCUGCCGCCCCUCCCGCUCGCGUCGGCCGGAAGCAGCGCAAGCAGAAGGGCCCCGAUGCGGCUGCUCGGAUACCCGCGGUCACGCCUCUCACUAAGUGCAAGCUGCGCCUGCUCAAGCUCGACCGAAUCAAAGAUUACUUGCUUAUGGAGGAGGAGUUCGUGGCCAAUCAGGAGAGGCUCAAGCCCCAGGAGGAGAAGACGGAGGAGGAUCGCUCCAAGGUCGACGAUCUGAGAGGCUCCCCCAUGAGCGUCGGCAAUUUGGAGGAGUUGAUUGACGAGAAUCACGCCAUCGUUUCCUCCUCUGUGGGGCCCGAGUAUUACGUCGGGAUCUUGUCGUUUGUCGAUAAGGAUCAGCUCGAGCCUGGCUGCGCGAUUCUUAUGCACAAUAAGGUUCUAUCUGUUGUUGGACUGCUUCAAGAUGAUGUUGAUCCAAUGGUAUCUGUGAUGAAAGUUGAGAAGGCUCCAUUAGAGUCGUAUGCAGAUAUUGGUGGUUUAGAUGCCCAGAUCCAGGAAAUUAAGGAGGCAGUUGAGCUUCCAUUAACACACCCAGAAUUGUAUGAGGAUAUUGGUAUUAAACCCCCCAAAGGUGUCAUAUUAUACGGAGAACCCGGAACUGGAAAAACUUUACUUGCAAAGGCCGUGGCAAAUUCUACAUCAGCAACUUUCUUGCGUGUCGUUGGAAGUGAAUUAAUUCAAAAGUAUCUGGGAGAUGGUCCUAAAUUGGUCAGAGAACUUUUCAGAGUUGCUGAUGACCUCUCACCCUCUAUCGUCUUUAUUGAUGAAAUUGAUGCAGUGGGAACAAAAAGGUAUGACGCCCACUCGGGUGGUGAACGUGAAAUCCAAAGGACUAUGCUGGAAUUGCUGAACCAGUUAGAUGGUUUUGAUUCAAGAGGAGAUGUGAAAGUAAUCCUCGCAACAAACAAAAUCGAAAGUCUUGAUCCUGCUCUCCUUCGGCCUGGUAGAAUAGACAGGAAAAUUGAGUUCCCUCUUCCCGAUAUCAAGACAAGGAGACGCAUUUUCCAGAUACACACAUCAAGGAUGACACUGGCCGAGGAUGUGAACCUGGAGGAAUUUGUUAUGACGAAAGAUGAGUUUUCUGGAGCUGAUAUCAAGGCCAUAUGCACUGAAGCCGGCUUGCUUGCUUUGAGAGAGCGGCGAAUGAAGGUGACUCAUGCUGAUUUCAAGAAGGCAAAGGACAAGGUUAUGUUCAAGAAGAAAGAGGGAGUUCCUGAGGGGCUAUAUAUGUGAUCAAUCUAAGCCUGCUGUUUCGCAGACAUAUGGCAAUCUGUGGUUUUGUAUCUUACCAUGAGAGGAUGUAUUCAUUUAGCUUGUUUAAAAUUGAUAUCCAUUUCUUUCUAUUCCUUAAUCUCAUGUUUCCAAUUCAGUAUUUCA